UCCUACCGAUUCAGUAUUCACGUUUCCUGUAUAUAACGUUUGAGUGUUUGUAAUUUGACCAUAACAUAAGCAUUAAGCAUCAAAACUCAAAUGCUUUCAUCUUUCGUCUACACUGUCUACAGUUAAAUCAGUCAAUAAAUUUCAUCUCAAUUUUAACAGAUUUGAGCAUCACAUAAAAUAAUAUAAUACAUGUACACCGUUUUCGCUUGUACCUAAUCAGAUAUCAAUAUUUAAUUUGUCAAUUGUUAUUAAUUAUUUUUGUUCACUGUGUUUUUACCCGCUGUUUCGCACAUCACUUCAAGAUGCCUAUGAUAAAGUUGCAAAGUUCAGACGGAGAAGUGUUUCAAGUGGACUUCGAGAUCGCCAAAGCUUCAGUGACUAUUAAAACUAUGGUCGAAGACUUAGGAUUGGAAGAGGAAGAUGAGGAGAUCGUCCCGUUGCCAAACGUAAACGCUGGAAUAUUGAAGAAAGUCAUCCAGUGGGCAACAUACCACAAGGACGACCCGCCACCGGCUGAAGACGAUGAAGGACGGGAAAAACGCACCGACGAUAUAUCCAGCUGGGAUGCGGAUUUCUUGAAGGUGGAUCAGGGUACACUAUUUGAACUCAUAUUGGCCGCCAAUUAUUUGGAUAUUAAAGGACUGUUAGAUGUCACAUGUAAGACUGUCGCCAAUAUGAUUAAGGGUAAAACACCAGAGGAAAUAAGGAAAACUUUCAACAUAAAAAAUGAUUUCACAGCUGCGGAGGAAGAUCAAGUACGUAAAGAGAACGAAUGGUGCGAAGAAAAGUAAUUAAUUUUAAUCUACAAAUGAUAAACUUUUUUUUUUUGUCUACAGCAUAAUUUAAUUUUUCAUUUAUUAAUAUAAUUUUGUUUUAUAUUUAUUUACUUUUUGUAAUAGGAAUUGUGUUUUAGUUUAUAUCUUAAUAUAAGGAAAAUUAAAUAAAAACAAUUGUACAUUUUACCUAUUUAAU